AUGCGUCUAGAGCAGACCGGUGCGACCAUGGCGAUGCAGCUGUUUCUGAAGACGAACGUCUGCUUGAUCUCGACGGCAAUGAGCUUUUCUGCUGGUGCUAGGUCGCCCGAGGCCGCUUGUGAAGAUCAUGCCUUCAACCAUGCUGAUGCUAUCCAGCUUGCUGAGGCUAUUCGCUACCUGUUCCCAACCUUGAAAGCUCCGUGGAGGCUUACCAAUGCACAUAUACCCAUCGAAGAGGUUGAAUUUACACCAGACAUCAAGAGCUUACUUGUUCCUCUCCGGCUCAAGAUCAACUUUCGUGAGCACGCAUUCAACCUGUGCACCCUCAUGGCAUCGCUGCGCACGUCACCUGAGGCACUCUCCGAGAGCGCGAUCCUGCACACAUUGCGCGUGAAGGAGGACUGA